AUGCGAAUCAACUGUACCUUGCACGCAAACGUGUCCCGAACUGCGUUUGCAAAUCGAAAAUCAUUUGAAAGACUGGAUACAAUGCCAACGACAGUAUUUCAGUACUACUUCCAACUGCAAGUAAAAGACCUACAUGUUUACUCUCGUGACGCUGAUCUGAUUCCCUGGAUCAACAGAAACAGCUCUUUCAAGCGUUACAAACGCAAAGAAUGGGACUCUUUGUCCAUGUCGAAAAGACGAAUAUACAACGCAUUAUACUUCCGGUUUACAGGGCUAGACUAUCGAACUUUGGGCCAUGAAGAAGUGGCAAGAAGACUAGAGAUACCAAUUCCACCGAUCAGUGAUUAUCUGCUUUUUAGAAACAGUUUUAAGUCUCAAUUCGACCCUUUGUGGGACGAACAGCGCAAACGAGAUUUACUAAUACGCAGUCCUAAAAUGAUACUCCGAUCCAGGUUUUCUGGGGUUGUAAAGAGUCCCCGUUUCUCGGCAACUUAUUCUAGGGAAAGUGACUCAGAUCUGACCAAGCGAUUCCAGGAUAUGUGUCGUGAAUGUCGAAGGACAUGGCUAGAGAAGGUGGAUAGUAUGCAAAAAGCAGAGAUCGGAGAAAAACUGCGAGAACAACGUGAAAGUUUUCGAGCGCUUAUGGAAAAAGAGAUCAAAGUUCUAGACGGUCUUCAAAGUGUUCUUGUCGAUCGAUUGAAAGGUGCGAAUAUGCUGACCUCUGGAAAUUUGAAUUUCAGGAAGGAAGGCGCUACGCAGCAAAACAUGGACCGAUUGGCAUUUUUAGUUACACAUAGCGACAAAGAGUAG